CCAGUGCAGCAGGCUAGGUGGCUAACUGGCAGCUAACAUUGUCCCGUCAUGAGUGCACAUUUCUAAUUUACUUACAGCUCUUUUCUAAAAUGAGUACGACACGUUUAAAGUCUGGCUGAACUGUUGUGGUAACUUAUUAUUCUUGUAUCGCGUCUUCAAGUCUUCAUUAGUUAGCCACCUACUAGCAAGCGUUAGCUAACUAUAUUCAUCCAUCACUAUGGCAAGUGCAGCAAAUGCAAACGUAAAUGCAGUCCGGGAGACAAUGGACGUGCUGCUGGAGAUCUCCAGAUUGCUGAACACAGGUUUGGACAUGGAGUCUCUGUCCAUAUGUGUGAGAUUGUGUGAGCAGGGCAUCAACCCAGAAGCCCUGUCUGCAGUCAUCAAAGAGCUUCGAAAAGCCUCUGAGUCUCUCAAGGCUUCUGAGAACUGCACAAACUGAAAAUGAAAACAGAUCACUUCAGUUUGGGACCUAUUAAUGGGAUCAUGCCCCAUUCCUGGAUCUGUACCUACCAUGGGCUCUCCAGGAAACCAGAUUUGUCUGUAUUUUGGCACUCUGUCCUCCAUGCCUCCUCGCUGACUAAUGUGCCCCUGUUCUGUGCUUUGACUUGUGUCACGGUUUUUGUGUAGAGGUACCAGCCUUAGUCCUCUCUCUGAACGCUGGACUUCUCCUGAAAUGAGGGCAUGCUCCGCCAUUUUGCCUGAAACUUAUGUGUGCCCCAAGUUUCUCCUAACACAGUUUGUAAUGUGUUGGUUCAGGUUUUCAUUGACAUCCCGCCUUAAUUUAAGAGCAGACUUCUGAUUUCUGAUCAUCAGCUUGUGUUGCUCUUUUCAUGACGAAAUGCUUUUAUUGUGAUUUGAAAUGUCUGAUUUGUUAAGUAUUGUCUUUUUUUGUACAUUUUCUUUUAGCAUAAUAUUCUUUUGCCAUUUCCGUUUUUCAUGUGAUGUGAUUUUCAAGGAUGGAAACUCUAAAUUAAAAUGUUACAGUCGAUGGCCA